AUGUCUAUAAUAUAUACCCCACAAAAACGCAUUUAUCUACCAAAUGACCCCUUCUUCGAAGAAGGCAACAUUGCUCUUCGUUCCAUCUGGCUGCAGAAACAGGCACAGUCAGAGAAUGAGCUCCAGAUGAUCAAAGAAGAAGCAUCUGACUUGGCAACUGAACACACCUCUAUCGAGAUCUAUUGCGAUUCCUGCAGAACUGAAUUUCCAGGCAUUUUGGCAUACGAAUUGCACUAUGAAGCUGUACAUCGAAACGUGUGCUCUGUUUGCCACAAGAUCUUUCCCGGUGAAGAAUGGCUGCAGUUGCAUCUAGACGAGUUUCAUGAUGUGAUCUUGCAAGUGAAAAAGGAUCGAGGCGAAAAGAUAUAUAAAUGUUAUGUGCCAACAUGCGCCAAAGUGUUCUCAACACCACGUAUGCGUCGAUUGCAUCUGGUAGACAAACACCACUACCCAAAAUACUUUCCGUUUGAUUUGGUUUAUACUGGCACAUUGACAUUUGAGCAGAGGAGGCUGAGAGAUCGGAAAAAUAGAGAGCGCCUAUCUAGAAGAGAAAAAGAGUCGACACAGACACAGACACAGACAGCGGAUGCGGACAUGAUGGACAGCCUGACAGAGAGCAUGUCAAAACUGAAAAUACCCACAUCCAUCUCAUUUGGGCACAGACGACCUGCAUUACCACAGCACAGACAGCCUACUAGACAAACAGCGUCCGCUUCUAAUGCUGAUCCACACACUCCCACAGAUAUUGACAUGGUGGAGUCCACGCCGAGACCAAAGAGGAAGCGAGGCCCCAAGAAAAAGAAGCAGCCCCAACCCCAACCCCAACCCAUGAUAGAAUAA